AUAGCAUCUACAGACGCUCCGAUUUGGUUGGUGCCAACCAUAUUGGAACCGACAUGGCAACCAUUCCGACAUUGCUACAGAUUGUCCGACGGUUGGCCUUCCAGCUGUCAGUUGACCAUAGAGUUAAUAUAAUAUAUGCAGUUGACUUUGUUAUGAAGUAGUGAACGGACGUCUUGCCUCAUGCCACCGGUAUUAUCGAAAAAUGCUAAAAUAGCGUUGGUUGCAGCAACCAUUGUUGCUACAGCACCGCUGCAAAAGGAACAAAGGAAAAAACGAAGAGAAUGGGCUAAAUUCUACUAUAGAAAUAGAGAAAAUUACAGUCAUAUGCGGCUCCUUAAGGAAUUGGAUGAUGAAGAUUUCCGAACAUAUCUUCGAAUGACUCCAGAAUCAUUCGAUGAAAUAUUAAAUCUUUUGAAAAGAUAUAUAGCGAAAACCGAUACAGUUAUGAGGCAAGCUGUAACUGCCGAAGAAAGAUUAGUGGCAACUUUAAAAUAUCUCGCGUCAGGAAGAGAAUAUAAUGAUCUUAAAUUAAGCACAUGUAUAUCACCACAACUACUGUCUGAGAUAAUACCAGAGACCUGCGAAGCUAUCAUUAGAGUACUCAAAGAUUACCUAAAGGUUCCUGAAACAGAAAAUGACUGGUUACAAAUAGCUAAAGACUUUGAAAUAAAAUGGCAAUUUAAUCAUUGCUUGGGUGCUAUUGACGGCAAACAUGUUAUUAUCGAGAAGCCGCCAAAAUCGGGUACACUGUACUAUAAUUAUAAGGGAACUUUUAGCAUAGUCCUGCUUGGUAUUGUGAAUGCAAAUUACGAGUUUAUUUAUGUAAAUAUAGGUUCUAAUGGCAGUAUUUCUGAUGGUGGAGUAUUCAAACAUACAACUUUUCAUGAAAAAAUGAAAUCGAACCAACUAAAUUUACCAUCACCUUCUAUUUUACCGCAAUCAAAUGUUAUCGCCCCAUAUUGUUUUGUGGCAGAUAAUGCAUUUGCCAUUAAUGAAAAUCUUUUAAAACCAUAUCCAAGAAGAAAUUUGAAACAUGAUCAAAGAAUUUUCAAUUAUAGACUCUCCAGAGCAAGAAGAAUUGUAGAAAAUGCAUUUGGGCCGGGUACAUUUUCAAGAAAGAAUGAUUAA